AUGGCGUCGUGGGAAUACGACCUUGCAAUUCUUGACUCCAUGGACCAUUAUAUCCUCCAUCACUUAGACGCCGACGACCUCCCGCCGGAAUUUACGUUUUCCGAGACGGGCAGUUUGAGCUUCGGAGUCACCGGAAAUAAUGCGGCGGCAACGAAGGACGAUUCCGCGCCGGCGCCGGAGACGGAAUGGAAGAGAUACCGGGGAGUGAGGCGACGGCAAUGGGGGAAGUUUGCGGCGGAGAUAAGGGAUCCGGCGAAGGGAGGCGCGAGGCGGUGGCUGGGGACGUAUUUAACGCCGGAGGAAGCGGCUCUGGCUUACGACCGAGCCGCGUUCGAGCUGCGCGGCUCCAAAGCUUUGCUCAACUUUCCGGCGCUGGCUUCCUCCUCCGGCUUACCGGAGCCGGUUAGGGUGAAACGUCAAAAGCCAAAGCCGCGGUCGCCGUCGUCAUCAUCUUCGUCGGAACAUGGCAGCGCCACCUUAAAGAAGACGAAAAUAAAUAAUGUAUUAAAUAGCCUAGCCUCCGCAACAGCAAAGUUGGGUUCUCAGGCCAUGCUAAAGAUGUUUCAGGAAAGUUCCGAGUGA